UGCUGUUUGUACGUCGAUUGUCAAGUCGAACAGUUCGUUUUCGAUUAUGCUUGUGUAGAUUGAACAAUUUUCAUUUUCCGCUUUUAAUAAUUAUUUUUUCGUUAUUUAUUUUUAUCGUAAAUCAGUGCAAUAGCGUUUAGUUUAGUUUUUAAGUGACGUUUCAAUCAUUUUAUUGGAUCAAAUGCUUAUUAUUGUCCUUUAGGAAACUGAUGGUGGAGUACUAUGUAAACAACAGUGAAAUAGACCCCAACUAAGCUUUAGUUUUGAUCGACUUAGACAUCUGUGCGCCAUGCUUCUUCAGUUUGCUUUAGCAACAUUUAGUUUAUUUUCUACGUUAAUUUUUGGCGUUUUUGCUGAUUUGGAAGGACCCAACGUAUGUACUAGACAGGAAACAUACACUGUUAAAGUUACAGUGACAGAAAAUCAGCCUUAUCAAGUGAGAGAAUUCGUCUGGUGCCUCAACUUCCCACCAAGAUGUUCCAAAUACAAGAUCAAGUUCAAGCAGGUUCACAAGGAACAGAACAUAGUGAAAACUCGCCCUGUCGAAGACUGCUGCCAGGGCUACACUAGGAACACUGCGGGGAACAGAUGCAUACCCGUCUGCUCCACCAACUGUCUGCACGGCACUUGCAUAGCUCCGGACACGUGCCAAUGUGAAACUGGAUAUGGCGGACCCAGUUGUGAUAUUUCGUGUCCAAUCGGUUUGUGGGGUAGAGACUGUCAGAAGAAAUGCAAAUGCGAAAAUAACUCGACCUGUGACCCCUUCAAUGGACACUGCCACUGCACAAGAGGCUGGAUUGGAGAAUACUGCCAGAAAAAAUGCCCUGAGGGUACUUAUGGACAGGAUUGCUUGGAAACAUGCCGCUGUGAAAACGGGGAUUGUGAUCAUAUAUCUGGAAAGUGCAAGUGUCAUCCAGGAUUUACUGGGCCACUAUGUGAAGAUAACUGUCCCAUUGGAACCCAUGGCGACUACUGCAAAUCGAAAUGUCCUUGUCAAAACGGCGGCACGUGUGACUCGAUUACAGGAAACUGUUUCUGUAAAGCAGGAUGGACGGGACAAGUGUGUGCUAACAGGUGCUCUUUCGGGUUCUGGGGGAGCAAUUGCUCGCAGCCUUGUGACUGCUACAAUGGAGCCUCUUGCCAUCACAUCAAUGGUACUUGUGAGUGCCAGCCUGGCUUUAAAGGAGAUAGGUGUUUGGAUACCUGCCCAGACGGUAAAUGGGGUCUGAAUUGUAAAGAAAAUUGCUCAUGUCAAAAUAACGCUCAGUGCUCCAAUAAAGAUGGUUCAUGUACGUGCACCAAGGGCUGGACUGGAAAGUAUUGCGAAAAAAGAGCUUGUCCCGAUGGGUUCUGGGGCCACAAAUGCGAAAAUACUUGCGAAUGUCGUCCCACCAAUACAGAAAUGUGCCAUCCUUGGACCGGCGAUUGCGAUUGCAAACCCGGAUGGAACAGCAAAGACUGUUCCCGACCCUGUCCUAUUCUCACCUAUGGCAAAGGCUGUUACGGUCUUUGUAAAUGUAAAAACAACGCCCAAUGUUCACCCUUGAACGGAACAUGUAUCUGUCCGCCGGGAUUCACCGGAGACGAGUGCGAAUUGCACUGUCCAGAGGGCAGCUUUGGAGAGGACUGCGCUCAGAAAUGCGACUGUAAAAAUGGUGCAGAAUGUUCUUCGGAAACCGGCCAGUGUCAAUGCCCUGCCGGAUGGGAGGGCCAACAAUGUGAUAGGCCGUGCAGUAGUAACUCAUUCGGUAUAUUAUGCAAUCAAAAAUGCGUUUGUAAGAAUGGAGCUUCCUGUAAUCCCAUUAACGGAACAUGUACUUGUGGCGCGGGCUAUACAGGAGAGUUUUGCGAAAACCGUUGCGAGCAAGGUUAUUUUGGAGUUAACUGCGAACAGGUUUGUCAGUGUCAAGAGGGCAACAACAUCGGAUGUGACUCUGUCACUGGAAAAUGUAUCUGUAAAUCAGAAUGGAAAGGUAUAAUUUGCGAAACCCAAUGCCCUGAAGGCAAGUACGGCGCCAGUUGCGAUCAGGAUUGUAACUGCAAGAAUAACAGCUCGUGCGAUCCAGAAACAGGAUCUUGUUAUUGUUCCAGAGGCUGGCAAGGAGACGAUUGUUCUAUUCCAUGUGAAAAUGGCUGGUAUGGUAUUGGAUGCAGGCAGAAAUGUCCAGAUGUCUCUUCAGGAAACAGAACUUGCGAUCAUAUAACCGGAGAGUACAUUUGUCCACCUGGCUACUUAGGCUUAACUUGUAACCAUCCCUGUUCUAUUGGAACCUAUGGUAAAAACUGUGAACAAAAAUGUUCUUGUAAAAACGGAGCCGAUUGCCAUCAUGUAACAGGGGAAUGUCAAUGCUUGCCAGGUUGGAUAGGCCGAAACUGUACAACUCCUUGCCCAGCAGGCAGUUUUGGAAUGAAUUGUAGUCAACACUGUAAGUGUCUAAACGAUGGAGAAUGUCGCAGAAACGAUGGCGUUUGUAGAUGCAAACCUGGAUGGACAGGAACACAAUGUACAGAAAUUUGCCCUGAAGGAUAUUACGGAGACCACUGCAUGCAACCCUGCGAGUGUUUGAACGACAAUUUCUUGUGCCAUGCCGCCGAAGGGUGCAUUUGUAAGCACGGCUUUACUGGCGACAAGUGCGACGAAUCGAACAUUUUGCAGCGAUUACAGAAUCCCGACGACGCGAAUUCCAGUUAUGGAGUCGUUCUCGGGGUCGUUAUGGUGUUCAUUAUUUUCGGAGCGGUAGUGGUGCUACUUAUCUUUUACUACAAACGAAGAGUUUCCAAUCUCAAAACGGAAAUUGCUCACGUGCAAUAUAUUGCAGAUCCAAGCGGAUUUCCGCCUGAUCGGAACCAUUUCGACAAUCCUUCUUAUACAUAUCCUACAAUUUUGAAACGCGACAAUGAAACGUUGCUCAACAACUCUAAUAGAAUAGUAAAUAAUUUGAAGUCUUCUAAUGCGGACAGGGCCAGGCUGGGAAUAGCUUGUUGUUCGACAGACGAUGAAGAAUACCCAAUAAAAAAUGGAUAUACUUUUGAAGAGUUUAACAGAUUGAAAAACAAAGACGCUGAUGCUACUAAUCCAAAUAUUUAUCACAGUAUCGACAAACAACUGGAUCACGUUUACGAUGAAAUUCAGCAAAAAGAUAUAGAAUUGGAAUAUGAUCAUUUGGACUAUACAAGGCCUGUGAACACCAUAAAACCGCACUAUCAGAAAAUGUCUUCCCCAUUUGGUUCGAGGGAUCUCGUCAAGAGUGAUAAAUCAGACGUAGAUGAGUGAAAAUUAGUAAUUCGUCAGUUUGUGAGUUUGCCAUUCUCAUUUUUUUACGUGAAUUCGGUUUUCAUAAACUUAUAGCCGUCUAUGUUCAUGCUCAAGAAAAUUUAUUCGAUUUUAUAAUGUCUUAUCAUUCUUAAGGGCCAAAAGUGCUUACACGGGAGUAAGCAUCUCAAAAUAUAUUGCAAUCUGUGAAAAUAAAGUUAGAUAACUGUUAAAAUGAUCCAUAUGACAACAUUCUCUAAUUUUAACUUAAUGAUUGGUAUGCGGGGCGGUUAUACAAACAAAGGAGAAUAAUAUUUUAACAGUCAGCUGUAGAGACUUUCAGUGAUUUCCUAUCAUAUCAUUUGUUAAAUCAUAAUUCUUAGAUAUUGAUUAUAAAAAUAUGUAUUUAAUUGGACCUUAAUAGUUUAUUAGAAGAAGCACAGGCUUGUCAGAUGUAUUAAACGUCGCAAUAUUCAAAAUAAAAAAAGUACUUUAGGUUGGAACCUUUCGUUUUACAAAAGAAAAUUAUGUAUUGCACUAAACACUCUAUGGUUACAUUGAGUACAUGUUGCGCUAUCCAUAUUAGCAUUAUCAGCAAAAGAUUAAAAUUAAAGAAUUGAUUUAAGAAGAAUUAAUUAAACUAUAGUAUGCUAGAAAUAUUAUAUUGCAACCACAGUUCGAAAUUUCAACCUUAUUUAUAUCUGAUUAACUUUUGGUAGUUUGUGGUUCCUUUAGAACAUAAAAUUUUAUACUUAGCUACAAUAUAAGACAUGGAAAACCAUUAAAAUAAUACCUUUGUAGCGUGUUCAAUUCUUGAAAAAGCCUGGGUGAAACAGAACUAUGAUUUUUUUUUGGAAUAUGCCACUGCGUUAGAUUCCAAAUGUGCCAGCUUGUCAGCGACUCGUUAACAAGUUUACCAAUCGGAAGCAGAAAACAAAAAAGAUAAAAACUAUUAAAAAUAUCUAAAUGUAAUUACUUAAACGUCAAAAAGAACACGUCAGUUUUUUUAGCAUAGAUACGUGUAUUAAAAAUGUAUUUAUGUAUUCAGAACUUGAAAACUAACAAACGAUCCCAACAGCGCUUUUAGAUGGAGCGGACCGUCCGCGCGGAUGUUUUUUCAAGAUAGCCAUUGCCGAACUCAUCCGGACGGAGCAUACGCGAACCAUGUGAAAUUGUUCAUAUAAAUUCAUAGUACUUGCUGGAAGUCGCGGACGCUCCGCUCCAUCUGAAAGCACUGUAACGCAGUGGCAUUUUACAAAAAAUAACUUAUUUCUUAGAUUUCUGUUUCAGUGUUGAAAUACCUGGCUCUUUUCUGGAAAAGAUUUGGGAAGUAUUGUUAUGUGCUCAUUUUAUCUUAAUAUUAAUAGAAACUAUUCAGAGGUAUAUGAAAUUUUAGCAUUCAUAGAGUUAAGAUUUUAAUAUGUAUUUUAAAGCGUGUGAGUUUUCCUGAAUUAUUAGAUAAGUUUUAAGUGUACAUAUAACAUUUUAUAAAAUAUCGCUGAUUCUUAAGCGGUUUAUAGAUUGUAUCAUUGAUUAAAAAGUAAUAAUUAAAAGUACAAUAUUCUUUUUAACUAUUUUUUCUUGUCUACUGGGUGUACCAAAAACUUCACAAUUAAGCUUGAUUUUCAUGCAUCCGUUAUCCGACGAUACGAUGAUACGAUAUUAAUUUUAUUGGUUGAAUUUAAAGCCAAUCAAAGUCUUUAACCAAUCAAAGUCUUUAAAUUCAACCAAUAAAAUUAAUAUCGUAUCAUCCUAUCGUCGGACAACGGAUGCAUGAAAAUCAAGCUUUAUUGAAAAGUUAUUGAAAAAAGUUUGUACGAAAUUUUUUCAACAUGUCCAAUAACAAAAAAAAAUCUGACUUAUGUCAGAGGCAACUGUGAGAUGUUAAAUUCCAAAAAUCCUCCCUACGACAAAGUAGAAUUUAAAGACAAAAUAUCGAAAAAAGUCAAAGAGAAAAGUUAUUCAGAUUUUGAUUUAUGACUAUGUAUCUAUCUUUGUAAUUAUACAGGGACUUCCAAACAUUGUUGCUACGAUAUUUUUAUUUUAUAUCGAUAUUUUCUCACCUAACCCCACUUAUUUCAUAUUGAGACAAUUUUAGUCCUUUGCCCACACAUCGGUUGUCGAAUGGCGUAUGUCAAAAUUUUCAAUAUAUAUAUUCGUUAUCUAUGGUCAAAAUAUUGUUAUUUGCUAUUGGGUAUGAUUAGGAAAUUCUGCAUUAACUUAUUUUUAGAAUUUUUUAUUUAUUGCGAACUUUUUGGAACACUCUGUAUAAGCUUUACUCAGAUUUUAAGAUUUUACUUUUGUGCAAUUACAUACCUUUAUAUACUGAACACAGAAUAUAAUAAAAUAUUUUUGUGCGUUACAACUUCAUGUAAAAUAAUUAUAUAGGGUUUUUGGGGUUAAUACAGAAAUCUUUAUUUAAAUUAAGUCAUUCUUUCAAAUAUUUUUUUUGUUUGUUGUAAUAGUCUAGGGUGUUUAUCGUCCUAUAUUUUAUCUAUCAAAAUUUAUAAGAUAUUUGUAAUAUUUUUUUACCAAAAACCCUGUAUAUAAUCGACAUACUUUUGUGUAAUAUUGACAUGUAUUUUUAAUGUGUCCCAGGUAUAUUUUUAUCUUACCCGACACUGUGAUAUUUUUCCAUUUUUUAUUUGACAAAAACAUUAAAUUUGAAAUAACUUUAUUUAAAAAAAUUAUUUUAUUUAUACACUUUUUACUUGUAAAGGGAACAAGGUACAUGUGCCAAAUUUGCCUAUUUUGAAACGAUUAUAUUAAUGUAUAAUGUGACGUACUGUGUAUUUUUGAUAUGAGAAAAAAGUGUUGUGGCAAAUAUUAAAAUAAAUAAUUAUAUACGUUUUUAAAAAUAAUUUUUAAAAUUACUAUAAUACGUUGUUCUAUCUCGAAUAUAUAUAAAGAAAGAUCAAGAAAUAUAAUGUAUUUAGGAGUUAACUGUAAUACAAACUAGGUUAUAAUUUUCAUCAUACUUUUAUAACUAAUCAUACUAUGUACAUGUUAAAGUAUUCACUGCCUAUGCUUUAGAAAAGUCAUCAUAUUGUGGAGUAUCUCAAAGUAAGUCUUUCAGUAUUUGAAUUUAUUUAUAAACAAAUUAAUUAAUUACUUUAAACGUUUUCUAGAAUUUUAUAGAAAAUUACCCAUUUUUAUGGUGGGUUCAUACAACGAAAUAAAAUAAGAUAAACUAACUUAAGAAAGUUAGAUGUAUGGAACAUUGUAGAUGCCUUCGUACAAUCAAAAUAAAAUAACAAAUAAAAUAACAGUUGGUUAUCUUUUAACUUUUUAUUUUAUUUUAUGUGAAAAAGGCUUUGGCGCAUGCUUCACUGUUU